GGCGCUCCAUCCGGAAAUUCUGGAAGAGAGAAAUCGUAAAGGAGUUGAUCAAGUGUCGCGUUGCAUUUACGAGUUUACAAAAACGUUUUAUAUAUUGCAAAUCGAAAUGUUGAGCGUAGAAAUCGCGGGUACGCUUGGAAAAUGCGUUCUUAAUAGUGAUGCCCCUGUAACAAUCUCUGAAUUACGGCAACUAGUUGAAGAAGCGACGGGAUUUCCAAGUGAUCAAUACUACAUCGUAUACAAUGGACGACUCAUGCACGAAAACGACGUCUGUCCGGGCGGCCGUGCGACCGUUGUUCCGCGGUUGCUGGGUGGCAAGGGUGGCUUUGGUUCCAUGCUGCGCGCGAUAGGCGCGCAGAUAGAGAAGACGACGAACCGCGAGGCGUGCAGGGACCUCAGCGGACGUCGGUUGCGCGACAUAAACGAGGAGAAGAGACUGAAGGCCUGGAUCGAGAAGCAGGCCAAGCGGGAGGAAGAAACGGCGGAGCGCAAGAAGAAAAAGCUGGAGAAGUUGUGCGCCGAGCCGCGACACGAGUUCAAGGACCAGCGCUACGACCAGGAACGAGCGAAUUUGACCGAGAGGGUCAGCGACGCGGUGGACGAAGGCUUUAAGCUCGCUGGCACAUCUGGCAUCAAGAGGAGGGUCGAGGAAGAGGUUAAACCGAACAAACGCAAGACCAUGUUGGACCUGGACAUUGAUUCGGACGAGCUCGAAGACAUGUCGGACAGCAGCGACAACGAGAGUACUGCCAAUGCGUCGCCCGAGGUAGGAAGCAAGGAAGAGCAAACGUCGAACGACAGCGGACACUCGAGCGAUGGCAGUGAAAAAAUCGAGAACACUGGGAAGACAGAGAGCGAGCAUGCCGAGUCGACGCUUGACAUGGAAACAACAGACGAAGUUUCGAGUGAUACGCCAGCGGAUGCGAAAUGUGCUGAGAAUUCUGCGAAAACGUAAAUAAUGUUCAAUGAUUGCAAUAAUUAUUCUCUCUAAGUUAUCAUUACAUAUACGUGGACGUUGGCUGUUAUCAUAACAUAUAUUUAAGAAUAAUAGAUUAAUUUUAAUUAAAAGAACCAAGCAAAGUUAUUAUAAAGUUAUCUUUCAUAGUAUCUUCUGUAUUCUUCAAGACCUCGAUUGUUUCAUAAUACUACAUUUCACGAUGUUUCAUAAGUUAAUUAAAAUCCAAUUAAUAAGUUUAUUAGAUUCCAAUUAAUUUCUGCAAUGAUUAUUAUCGAAAGUAAUACAGAAUUGAAUGAAGAAGGCAAUAUAGAGCUUCAAUGUUCUACAUUAAUAUUGUGUAAUUUAUAAAUCUAUUUAUACGUAGACUAGAAAAUCUGAACGACAUGAAAUAAAUUUAUUCGUUAAACAAGUUU